AUGGAAGGCGCUAAGUACACAAUUGAUAGCAACUAUGAGGCUGAAUUUGUAACCAAAAAGAAAAAAACAUCAAGCAUGAGGCCUAUCAAGCUGAAUCGAUCUAGAGGUCACAUCAAGCUCGAAGAAUUUGAAACUCCAAACUCCAACAUUCCACGGCUUUCUCUAUCCCACCAGCCAAGCCCUAUUCUUUUCACUCCAAUCUCAUCCCAGAUCACAGACAACAAUCAUUCACAGAAAUUACCCAGAAUCUCCUCAGUUAAUAACGAAGACUAUUCCACAAUUUCCUCAAAACAAAAAUUUUUAGGCCGUUUGGUAUUAGAAAGAUUCCAAAACUCCGCAAUGGCUCAAUACUUCAUCUGCCAGCUCUGUGACUGCGUUUGCAAUAUAGGUUUUCUAGAAUGCCAAGUCUGCUCCAGUUUAUUCUGCAAAGAAUGCUUAUAUAUUUACACCCACCAAAACGCUCCAAAUACUUGUCCGAAAUGUGAGACCUCCAAUCAGCUAGCCUUGAACGAAAUUGAGUCUUGCUUUUCAGGACGUUAUGUUUCCAGCCCCAGUUUAGCUAUGAUCCAUAGUCUUUUAGAAGUUGAAUGCAAACAUAUAGGAUGCUCACAUAUAGUGAUUUUGAAAGAUUUGGCAGAGCAUGAAAGAAGAUGUGAUUGGAGGUAUACGCCUUGCAAAUUGAAAAAAAUUAAGAAAGACGUCCCAGGGUGCUUGGAUUUAGUUAGGGCUAAUGAUGAAAUGGAAGGAUAUUGCUCAGUUAGGUGUCAGCUUUUUGGAGAUUUGGUGGAUGGGAGAACUAAUCAUUCGUAUGAUGAGCAUACUGCGAAAUUAAUUGAAUUAAUUAAAAUGCAUCGAAAUUAUUAGAUUUAAUGAAAAUUAGUCGACUAGGAUUAAAAAAACGUGCUUCGAUAUCUAUAGGAAAUUAGAUAAAAAAUAAAUUAGGAAUAGAUUAUUUAGCUCAGCUCGGCAUAA